AUGUGCCCUCACAUGCCCCAUCGUUCUCCAACUGAAUGCCUCGCACAUCUUGCACGUCGAGCCAUCAACGGGCAUACAAAGUAUAUAGUUGCUACCAAUGAUGAUUCUCUUUCUGAGAAGCUGCGCACCAUUGCCGGCACUCCCAUAUUAUACAUCAAAUACAAUGCAAUACUACUAGAUCGAGUAUCUGAGACAUCGAAGUCCGCUGCCGAAGCACCCAAAAGUGAGAUAGAGAAAGUGAAGGAAUUAAAGGCAGCUGUGUUUGGUGAAGUGGAAGUGAAGAAAAGGAAAAGGAUAAAGGGUGCAAAUCCACUUUCAUGUAAGAAAAAGAAAAAAGUGGAUAGUAAAGCUGGUUCUAUAGCGAGAACUGGCGAACGAACAGCGAGCGGUAAAAGGAGGCGAUCAAAGCGAAAGUCAGCUGCGGUUAGGGAAAAUUUAGCAAGUAACAUAGUUUAG